AUGAGCCCCCGAGCUUGGCGCAGGGAAGAAAUUAGAUGGGGAGGCCUUCCCAGCCCCACACUGGGAGGCCCCCUUCCCUCCUCCUCCCCCAACCGGGGUCGCUGUGUGCCUCCCUGGCCCCCCACCCCCACCCCCGCCAGGCCCGCCUUCUUGGGCUCCGGGCUGGUGGAGACCCGGGUGCCCCCACACCCGGGUGCCCGCUGGGCUUCCGAGGGGGAGGGGUCCGGGCUCUGCUCUUCAGAGAGUCCGCUCUUCCCCCUGAGACCGCGACUUGUCUUCCGGCAGGAUGGGUGUCCGCGCCGCCGCGUGUCCACCGGCUCCUCGCUGCGCGCGGGCUCCCACAACCAAGUGCAGCUGUGGCUGGUGGGCCAGCACGGGGAGGCGGGGCUCAAGACCGGCGCGGGAACAGGACACGAGCGGGUCUCCACACGUUCCCACUUCAAAGGUGCCCCCGCGCAGAACACGGGAGUGGCUUCCGUGUGUCCUCGGGACCAGCCCAACGCCCGUGGCUUACCCUCGAGGCUGCGCGGUGUGGUCGUGCCCCUCUCCCUGCAGCCCUGCCCUGAGCCCCAGCUCCAGGACGCGGCUCGGCUCGCUUCGGCCCCGUCUCCCGGGGGUGCACCUCCCCGUCUCGUCUCUUCCGCCUCACCCGACCCGCGUGGGGUCGUGGGGCCACCUGCUCCGUGCGCGCCCCCUUGGCUGUGCGGCUCCUUUCACGCGCCUUUCCCAGAGGCCCUCGGAAGGGCGUCCGGCGCGGGCAGGGCUCAGUCCCGGGGCUGCUUCUGGGGAGCCCCGCGGUGGCUGAGCCCCUGUCGCCCGCAGGAAGUGGAGCUUCAGGCGGACAUGCAGGGCCCCGGGGCCAGUGGGGACGAGUUCAGGUUCCCGUGCUACCGCUGGGUGGAGGGCGCUGGCAUCCUGAGACUGCCCGAGGGCACCGGGGAGCGCGGGGCUGGGGGCCGCACGGUGCUGGACGACCCUUAGGGCCCGUUCAGGCAGCGCCGGGAACACGAGCUGGAGGAGCGGAGGAAGCUGUACCGGUGGGGCUCCUGGAAAGACGGCUCAAUCCUGUCGGUGGCCGGGAGGACGCAGUGUGACCUCCCCAGGAACAAGAGAUUCCUGGAGGAUAAGGAUUUCGACUUCAGGGUCUCCCCGGCGAAAGCGCCAGCGCCCCGGGGAGGGUGGGCACCUGCUCCCCGGGACGCAAAGCAGGGGCCCUUCCUGGUCUCCCGGCACCGCCAUUCUUUCCGCAGGCUGGAGGGCUUGGCCUCAAGGGUUCCCUGGACCUCACACAUCCAGUUAAAAGACCGGAAGACUUCAAAAGAGUAUCCCCGCGCGCAAGGACUCCCCUGGCUGGUCAGUGGCCGCAAAGUCCCCAGACCUGUGUGCACCUUUCCAACCCAGGGCUCUGAAAGAAGACGGGGAGACCGGAGGGAGGGGGUACGCCAGCGGAUCAGGAGCUCGGGGCUCCCCGCAGGCUUCCGGAUGGGCGUCUUUAGAGUGGGUCCGAAGUUCAGGGAAGGAGGACGCCUUCUUUGGGUACCAGCUCCUCAAGGGCGCAAGCACCAGCCUCCCAGCGCGGCUGCUGGUGCCUCCGGGGUCGCAAGAGCCCGAACCCCGUGGGCGUGGAAGCCUUGCGUCCAGGGUGGGCUUUGGCUGUGGGGAAAGGGAGGGGUGUCGGAGGGGAGAGGAAGGAAGCCCGUUGCCAGUAAAAUAAAGGCGGUCCGGAACCGACCCCAAGCCCUUGAUCUAUCCCUGCUCCCCACCCCGCAGGCUGGAUCUCUGUCUGAAGCCGACUUCUCCCUGCUGGAUGGGGUCAAGCCGAACAUCGUCUUAAGACAACAGGGUGUGGCGGCCCCUCUGGUCAUACUGAUGCCCCAGCCCGACCGAGACUCUUGCCCACCGUCGCCCAGCGAGUCUUUCACAGACACGGGGAUGCCCCCGCCUCCACUGUUCCUGCCCUCCGGUCCCCGCGCGGCCUGGCUGCUGGCCAAGACCUGGGUCCGCGGCUCCCACCUCCAGCUGUCCCAGCUACAGUCACACCUGCUGCGGGGACCCUUGAUGGCCGAGGUGACCUCUGUGGCCACAGUGAGGACCCUGCCCGGCCCGCACCCUACCUGCAAGCUAUUUCGGCAUCUCCUGAUCCCCUUGCGCCACACCACGGACAUCAACAGCCUGGCCCGGGAGAGUCUUGUCUCCACAUGGGGGAUUUCUGGUCUGGUAUGGAGAGCCAGGGGCAAAGAGGGAAGUCCCAAGGGUCGCUGGCUGACCCUGUCCUCCACGAAGGCCUCUCCCUGGUCGGCCUCGCACCUGACACCGGGAGCGGGGCCACGUGGACGACAGUCUCCUGAGGGCCACGGCUUGCCUGACCCACCGCUCCGCUCCCUCAGCCCUCCUGACGGCCUGGCCUGGCUGACGGCGGGCUCUUCUCUCUGUGGCCCGACGCCCUCGGGCUGUGGGGACUCGUCAGCCGGUGAGGGGGACCCAGAGGUGCGGGCCUGGUGCGGAGAGAUCACGGACACCGGGCUACAGGGAGCCCCGGACCGCGGGUUCCCCGUCUCCUUAGACUCCCGGGCUCAGCUCUGCCACUUUGUCACCGUGUGUAUCUUCACGUGCACCGGUCAGCAUGCUUCUGCCCACCUGGGCCAGCCGGACGGGUAUUGCUGGGUCCCUAAUGGCCCGCGCACCACGCGGAGGCCCCCGCCCAUCUCCAAGGACGCGACAGAGAAGGACACAGUGGUCUCCUUGCUCCACGCCCACCGGGCCCGUAAGCAGAGCACCUUCAUAGAGUUCCGUGGCGGAUGCCAGCCCGUCACGGUUGGAGGCAGAUGCCUGGGUCCCGGGGAGGACGCUUGGAGGGGCGGUGCCCUUGUUGGCCGAGGGGCCCCGGGCCGAGCCACCUCUCUCCCCUCCUCUCAGGUGGCCUUGGGGCAUCAUGAGGAGAAGUAUUUCUCAGGCCUGGAGCCCCAGGCGGUGCUGGAACAGUUCCAGGAGGAACUGGGCCCAGUGUGGAGCCCAAGGCGGGACUUGAACUCAUGACCCUGAGAUCAAGACCUGAGCUGAGAUCAAGAGUCCCAUGCUUUUUU